UUGGUUUUCUGCAUCAACCCCUUUAUUCGAAUCUCGACGGCAGAAACAAGGGCGAAGCUCCUAAGCUAAUCUAAACCUUAUCCCCGGUGAGAGCGUUCAUUCCUGUGAAGCGAUGACAGAAUUCGAAGAUCACGAGGGAAACGGUACGGUUGCUGACGCACUUUACGCCGAGGAUAAUGGUGGCCGCGGCGACGAAAUCGAGGACCAAUUAGACUCGAAACCUAAGAGAGAAACCCGUGACCAUGAAAGAGAGACUUCAAGAAGUAGAGAUAGAGAAAGAGAGAAGGGACGUGAUAAGGACAGAGAAAGGGAUUCUGAAGUCUCUGGUCGAAGCAGGGACAGAGAUGGAGAGAAAAGUAAGGAGAGAAGUAGGGAAAAAGACAGGGACAGAGAUCGUGAGCGUCAUCACAGAAGUAGUCGUCACAGGGAUCACAGUAGGGACCGUAGUGAAAGGAGAGAACGUGGUAGUAGGGAUGAUGAUGACCACCGCCGAAGCCGUGAUCGUGACCAUGACAGGCGUAGAGAUGAUCGAGGAGGUCGACGCAGUCGUCGAUCUCGUUCUCGUUCAAAGGAUAGAUCUGAGCGAAGAUCAAGGUCACGAUCUCCGUCGAAAAGUAAGCGAGUCAGUGGAUUCGAUAUGGCACCUCCAGCCUCUGCAAUGUUAGCUGCUGGUGCUGCUGUUACAGGCCAAGUUCCUCCCGCACCACCAACUCUUCCUGGAGCUGGGAUGUUUCCCAACAUGUUUCCGUUGCCGGCUGGACAGCCUUUUGGGGGACUCCCUAUGAUGCCAAUUCAGGCUAUGACACAGCAGGCAACUAGGCAUGCUCGCAGAGUCUAUGUCGGUGGGCUUUCCCCUACUGCAAAUGAACAGUCUGUGGCUACGUUUUUUAGUCAAGUUAUGGCUGCUGUUGGUGGAAACACUGCUGGUCCAGGUGAUGCAGUUGUUAAUGUCUACAUAAACCAUGAGAAGAAGUUUGCUUUUGUUGAAAUGCGAUCUGUUGAAGAGGCAAGUAACGCUAUGUCUUUGGACGGGAUUAUAUUUGAGGGAGCUCCAGUGAAGGUGAGGCGACCUAGUGACUAUAACCCAUCUCUAGCUGCAACUCUCGGUCCAAGCCAGCCCAGUCCCAAUCUAAACUUAGCUGCUGUUGGUCUGACUCCAGGUGCUUCUGGUGGGCUUGAGGGACCAGAUCGUAUUUUUGUUGGUGGACUUCCAUAUUACUUCACCGAAUCACAAGUCAGGGAGUUGUUGGAGUCCUUUGGAGCCCUUAAGGGCUUUGAUCUUGUAAAAGAUCGAGAAACAGGGAACUCUAAAGGAUAUGCCUUCUGCGUGUACCAAGAUCUUUCCGUUACAGAUAUCGCGUGCGCUGCCCUAAAUGGUAUCAAGAUGGGAGAUAAGACUCUUACAGUGAGACGUGCUAACCAGGGAACAAUGCAGCCAAAGCCUGAACAAGAGAGUGUCUUAUUGCAUGCACAGCAGCAAAUUGCGUUUCAGAGGAUUAUGUUACAGCCGGGUGUAAUGGCAACAACUGUAGUAUGUCUGACUCAAGUUGUAGCUGAGGAUGAGCUUAGAGAUGACGAGGAGUAUGAAGAUAUCAUGGAAGACAUGAGACAAGAAGGCGGAAAGUUUGGUGCUUUGACCAAUGUUGUGAUUCCGCGUCCAAGCCCCAAUGGCGAGCCAGUGCCAGGCCUUGGCAAGGUGUUUCUGAAGUAUCUUGAUACAGAUGGCUCGUCCAAGGCAAGAAUCGGGAUGAAUGGUAGGAAAUUUGGAGGAAACGAAGUCGUUGCAGUGUUUUACCCUGAAGACAAGUUUGAACAGGGUGAUUAUGGUGCCUGAUGCCUUCUUUUUGUUUGCUUUCUAUUACUUAAGUUUUCUAAGUACUUUGUUUCAGUUGAAGACCCUUUUGCACGCGUGUAAGACUAAGAGAUGAUCAAUACAUUGUGUGCUUGUUAUAACACUUUUAUCACCAAACCAAUCGUUUUGAUCUC